UGACUUGAGCCCUCAGGAUCUUAUCGUGAUUUACUAAUACCAUCCAGCGGCACCACGGACGCGUUUCGUCACUCGACGCGUUACGGCGUUUAGCUCCUAGGUAUUCCUGAGAUCAUCACCCGAUGUACAUGAAAAUUGCUUCACCUAAGCACACAUAAUGUAAUUGCCAACAAGAUCGGCGCAAUGGAUUCGGAUGAAUUCGACGGUGACGACAUCGCCGACGAGGACUUUCUAGUUGCGGCGACACGGACCACAACUCCACCUCGUGCUAGCUCAACUCAUAACCUCAACCACAAUCGUCUUCAAUCUAGUCUACAAACCUUUGAUGAUGCCGCAUUCUUGGAUUCAUCAGACAUUACACAGCUAGCUAGCAAUGCCCAUCGUACAACCUUUCGGCCUAAUCCCCGAAUCGGCGGGCCAACCGCAUCCUUCAGGCAAACCACUCUAUUUGGACAAACAGCUCGUGAAAAUGAGCCGUCUUCAACACCCCAGUCGUCCAGAAACCGUGUAUUCCGUGCAGAUUUACCACCAGAGCUACCUACACAUCAUGAACUAGAUCAUGAAGCCCUAAGAACCUGGGUAUAUCCAACGAACUUGGGCCCAACUCGUGACUACCAGUUUAGCAUCGUCAAGAAUGGUCUCUUUAACAAUACUCUCGUUGCAUUACCUACGGGAUUGGGAAAGACAUUUAUCGCAGCUACCAUCAUGUUGAACUAUUUUCGUUGGAUGAAGAAAGCCAAACUAGUAUUCGUGGCACCCACCAAGCCACUUGUAUCUCAACAAGUUGACGCAUGCUUUCAUAUCGCUGGCAUACCCCGGUCUCAGACAACUCUAUUGACGGGCGAAGUCACACCAGCCCUUAGAGCUGAAGAGUGGGAAUCGAAGAGAGUCUUCUUCAUGACUCCACAGACGCUUGAAAACGAUCUUUCUGCUGGGUUCGCCGAUCCCAAGUCGAUUGGACUACUGGUCAUUGAUGAAGCCCACAGAGCUACCGGAAACUACGCAUAUGUAAAGGUUGUUACAUUCUUGCGGCGGUUUUCAGAAAGCUUCCGUAUACUCGCUCUUACAGCAACCCCUGGCUCCAAGGUAGAGGCGGUACAAGAAGUCAUCGACGGGUUAGGAAUCUCACAUGUGGAGAUUCGCACAGAGAACUCUCUGGACAUCAAACCUUACAUCCAUAACAGGGACGAAGAUAUUGUCCUCUUAGACCCUUCGGAAGAAAUACUCCUGAUCAAAGAUCUGUUCUCCAAGUCUUUGCAGCCGCUGGUGGAUAAGCUGUGCACACAAAAUGCAUACUACAGCCAUGAUCCAAUGGCCCUAACUACCUUUGGGAUGGUUAAAGCUCGUAGGGAUUGGCUUGCCGGUCCUGGUCGCCAUGCCAACCAAGGAGUCAAAUACAUGAUGAGCAGCAUUUUUGCGAUACUAAGCAGUUUGGCUCAUGCUAUUAAGGUUCUCGGUUUUCAUGGUAUCAAGCCGUUUUAUGACAACUUAGCGCAAUUCCGAGAUGAGCUGGAGGGCAAGGGACAAAAAGGUCCCAAAUAUAAACGACAAAUCGUCGAGCACGCGAGCUUUCAAGAUAUGAUGACUAAGAUGGAUCGAUGGGUACGGAAUGAUAAUUUUAUAGGACACCCAAAGCUAACAGAACUGUCCAACACUGUGCUGAACCAUUUCAUGGACGCAGGUGAAGGUCGUGAAGGCAAUGCCUCUUCUAAUACGCGAAUUAUUGUCUUCAGCGAAUAUCGCGAUAGCGCGGAAGAAAUUGUCCGAGUUUUGAAUAAUCAUCGGCCUCUCAUUAAAGCUGCAGUAUUCGUUGGCCAGGCCGAUUCAAAAAGAUCAGAAGGCAUGAAACAGGCUGAGCAGAUACAGAGAAUACAAAAAUUCAAAGAUGGUGAAUUUAAUGUCCUCGUUGCAACCUCUAUCGGAGAGGAAGGUCUCGAUAUUGGCCAGGUUGAUCUGAUUAUUUGCUAUGAUGCUUCCGCGUCUCCAAUUCGAAUGUUGCAAAGAAUGGGGCGGACUGGCAGAAAGCGGGCUGGACGAGUUGUCUUGCUCCUUAUGCGAGGAAAGGAAGAACAAAACUAUGCUAAGUCCAAGGAUGGUUAUGAAAAAAUGCAAUCAAUGAUAUGUGACGGAGGUCGCUUCAAUUUUCGUCAUGAUCUUUCGAAGAGGAUUGUUCCACGGGAUAUCCGACCUGAAGUUGACAUGAAGGCUGUUGAAAUCCCGGUGGAGAACACACAACAAUCUGGAUUGCCAGAGCCAAAGAAGAGAACUGCUCGAAAGCGACCGCCGAAAAAAUUCCACAUGCCAGACAAUGUCGAAACUGGGUUCCAGACUGUGGCAUCUAUGAUGGGUAAAGCACAGCCUCCUGUGAAGAGUAAAACUUCCAAGGUUGCUGUUGAAGAAACGCAGGUUGCAGAAAUACCAGACCUUAACCAAGUUCUGUUACGCAGCGAUCAAAUGGAUGAGCUGAACAGGAUAUACAAGAAUCUUCCUUACAAGAAGCUAGAAGCAAUGGAGUUCAUUGAACAAGUAGACAUGACAGCGCACCCUGUAGCUCAAAGAGUACAGCGAAAAACAGUCCACGUCAAGCACGGAGCCUAUACGAAGAGAUCAAUCAGGUUAUUUCGGUCUUUGGCGGAAUCUCAAUCAGACGCAGACAAAUUUGUCAAGCCAUAUGGCGACAUCGACAAUAGUCGCUACUAUCAAUUACCACUACCAGACGAAGCCUCUGAUUCCGGGGGUGUAAAACCCCCAACAAAGAAAAGAAAGAUCUCCACCGCCAGAACAGAUGAGACUAGGAAGGAUGAUGAAGAUGAGCUUGAAGAGCUGUCUGCUGCUAUUACCCGCAUACAACCCAAGAAAGCGACAACGCGGUCGAAGCGUGCCCAUCCUCUCUCUCACGACACUGGCAGUGAUGAUUGUAUAGACAGCACAGAGGUGGGACUUCUACCCCCACCUCGAAAACGUACACAAACCUCAAAACCCAGGGCAAAACCAAGUCAACGUACAGAGAGACAAUCGAAGGAUGGUACUAGCAGCAAAGCAAAUCGAGGGCGACCGAAGAAGGCCUCAGUUGCAGCUGUCUAUGACGAGAGCGCCGACGAAGGGGAUGAUUGUCGACGCACCAGCGAUUUGGAAUUGACAGACGACUCUGACAGCGGUGCCGAUCUCGAAGGCUUCGUCGUGGGAGAUGACGUAGCAACAUCCAGUAACUUCGUGACCUCGAGCAUCCGCUCCACGUCCCUCACAUCGCCUCUAUCGAUACGGUCUACAGCAUCUACGAUCACCGGCGUGGCAUCGAGGAGUAAUCAGCAGCAAGCAAAGAAGCCGUUCUACGAGCCUACGUCUUUUCCAGCCACGCAGGAAACCGACGACGACGUUCCUUCCCUCAGCCAAAUGGUGCGGGAUAGGAAACUAGCGAACAACCGGUUCUCACAACAACAUACUUCCAGCAUGGAGGAUAUUGACGAAGACGAGGAUGCGCUACCGCGAAGGAGAGGCCUCGAGACCCGCAAAAGAACGAUUGUUGAUGACGAAGACAGUGACGAGUAAUGAAUAGAAUCCUUGUUUCUUUUGCGUUUACUACUUACUUGCUUGAAUAAGGGCUUAAAACCGGAGUUCUGAGAUGAGAUUGAUGAGAGAGGGCUGGCAUUUACUAUAUAAAAUCGAUGGAUUUUUGCGCGUACCAAGACUCAAUACUUAGGUAGUAGCAAACAGUGUGCAAUAUAAUUCAGAAAAGUCUGUUAACAGCCUACUCUUUCAUACCUGAUUUUCCGUUAAGCAGGUAUGCAAGAGUUGUUUGUUGUUGAGUGUGAUUCAUGGUGAUCCCCCUUAA